ACGCGUUGUUCUUAGCGUUCGUCAAUGUCCCAAAUCAGCCUCGAACGACGACGUUUCCUCUCAGUGUACCGUCUUCUGUAACUUUACCAUCGUCGUCGUUGUUCUUUCCCGAAGCGGAUCUCUUCAUCUGUGUGAUCGGAGGAUCUGCAAGAGUUCCUCACCCAGAAGAAGUGGGAGGGAGAAUAUCGCUCUCCAAUUUAUAUGGCUUCUACAGGUAGACCGAAUCCUCCCGAAGAAGAUGAUGAUGCGGAAGAAGAGGUGCAGCAUUUCGAUGAUUUUACUCUAGCUUCUUCCUGGGAAAGGUUCAUUUCAGACAUUGAAGCAACUUGUCGUCAAUGGUUAGCCGAUGGUCCCAAAAAUCUGCUGGAAAAGGGUGCUGUUGCAGUGGAGGAUUCGAAGAAUCUUUUUAUGGUCAAGUGCGACCUAAAAAAUGUAGCAAAGAGCUACUGCAUGGAGUUCUACUUUCAAAUUGACAAAAAUGGUAGCCAACAAGCUGCAAUUGGUAAUUGGAACAGUAAUUCACAUGAUCUCCAGCUUUGCUUUGGGGUGAAGGAUUUUCUGUUGAUUGCUCCACAAAGUGCCAGUGGGGUGCUUCUUGAUACACCAGAGUCUAGCAAGCUUCUGAGUUCGGUUGCGAUUGCUUUGUCUAACUGUGCCAGCUUGUGGCCAGCCUUUGUUCCUGUGCAUGACCCUUCACGCAAAGCAUAUAUUGGAAUCCAGAAUAUGGGAACUGUUUUUACUAGAAGAUUUGAAGCAGAUCGUAUUGGUAGUCAAGUCCCUGUGAAGCUCAUGCACCUGGAAGGACUAUAUGAGCUGUUUGUUUCUAAGUUUGUAAGUCUUCGUGGCUACCACUUAGAUAAGUUCAUUAGUACGGUUUAUUCAGGGGUGGACUUCUCGAUGCAUAAUUUUAAAGUCCAUUUUAUGAUGAGGCUAACAUACCAAACCUUCCCAUAUGACGAGGAGGAUGAGGAAAAUGAUAUGGAUGAACUUAUGGGUGACAAAGCAGACACUGAAGAACACAAUGGUUCUGAGUCACGUAACAAAUUGCACUGGGAUGAUGAUUGUCCUUGGAGUGAGUGGUACUCUGCUGAAGAUCCACUUAGAGGAUUCGAAUUGGUGGUCUCGUGGGCUGACAAGACUGUAGAAAACACACUUGAGAUGGCUGAACUUGAAAAUGCUUCACCCCAUGAAGCUGAGAAGUGGAUUUUACACCCAAUCCUCUCACCAUAUCUGGGUGAUCCUUCACAUGGGAAAAGAAUUGAUUUUGCUUCCCAACUACUUUGCUUGGUUGAAGCAUUGGAUAUGUCCUUUACAGCUCAGUUUAUGGAGGAUUUUGUGUCAGUAGAAAAUCCAAGCUCUGAAAAUUUGAAGACGUCAGUGGUCAUACCUCCUCCAACAGUUCUGGAUCGGGUGAUUAAAGAUCUCUUUCAUGAGGGAUCCAAACUCCCAGAUUUUACUAAAGGCGAACACAGACUUUCUCGAGCUCUUAAGGCUGCACCGCUUGAAUCUCUUUUUACGCAAUUCUGUCUACACUCUCUGUGGUUUGGCAACUGCAAUAUCCGUGCCAUUGCCUAUCUCUGGAUAGAGUUUGUCCGUGAAGUUCGUUGGUGCUGGGAAGAGUCACAGCCGUUGCCAAAAAUGCCAACUGAUGGUUCUAUUGAUUUGUCCACUUGUUUGAUCAACCAGAAGUUGCAUCUGCUUGCAAUUUGCAUAGAAAAAAAGCGUGAAAUGAAUGAAGAGUUCCUAGACUGUAUAGGAAGUGAAGACAGUUCAGACGCUUCUGUUUCUAUGGAGGAACACAACAAGGUCGACAAGAGAAAAAAUUCACCCUCAGAAGAAGAUCUACAGAGGAAACGUGACAGUUCAAUUGCAGAAGAUACAUCUAAUCGACUCAGAUUUGAGAGGAAAACUGAAAGCUCAAAUUCUGGGAACCAAAGCCCAACAGAUGCCAUCAGGAGGGGUUCAGCUGGACCAGUGGGGACCAUGAUGCUCCUGAAGUCACGUCAGCGACUCCAUGCCCCAUUUACCCAGGAUCCACCUCUUAUGACUGAAGACAUGCAUGAAGAAAGACUCCAGGCUGUUGAGGCGUUUGGUGAUUCCCUUAUGCGUUUUCUUGCUGUGAUAUGGAUUGUUUUCUACAUGUUUGUGAACGUUCCUGGCCAGUUGGAGAAAGACAUUUUAUUAUCUGACAUGUCAGCAUUCAAAGCAGCAAACCCAGAUGCCGUGUUUGAGGACUUUAUCAGAUGGCAUUCACCUGGAGACUGGGAGAGCUCUGAGCCAGAAGCCGCUGAACCAUUGGCAGGCUCCAUCAGUGAAGGCUCGAAGGAUAAAUGGCCUCCUCGUGGCCGCCUUUCUCAGCGGAUGUCUGAUCAAGGAAAUCUGUGGAGAAAAAGUUGGAACGAUGCACCCUCUUUGCCAGCCGAUGACCAAAAGCCCCUCCUAGACCCAAACCGAGAGGGAGAAAAGAUUCUUCAUUACCUGGAAACAGUGCGGCCUCAUCAGCUUCUUGAGCAAAUGGUCUGCACAGCCUUCAGAGGAUCAGCCGACACUCUUAACCAGACAAACUUCGGGGACAUGAGACAAAUGACCUCUAAAUUGGAGCAACUCUACCUCCUCAUCAAAUCUACUUUGGGGGCUCUACAACGCAACCAUCUUCCGGAUAGAGCACAGACCGUCAAAGACCUGAGACGUCUCUGCGUGGCCUUUGAACACGUCGAGAAGUUGGUAACUGUCGCAGCGUCUCUUCACAGAAAGUUCCUGGACGCAUCACGCCUUGCCCAAGUUAUAUUCAGCGAAUUCUACGGCAUUUAUGUUCCAGUGAUGGGAAUAAACUCAAAUGACGAAGAGAACAAAAGCAGGACGGAGAUGGAAGUGGGUAGACAGGAAGUGAGCUUGAGAGAGAGACAGGUGGUGUCGAAUCUGUUCUCGCCGCCAUCAGCGAACCAGUCAUGGAGAAAAGUGUUGAGUAUGGGAAACCUUCUAAACGGACACGAACCCAUUCUUCGGGAGAUCAUUUUCUCCACCGGAGACGAUGUCAACAACGGGAUCCAUUACGCGGCAGCCGCUGACGUGGCGGCCACCAGUCACCGGAGAGGAGAAGAAAUCGAGACGCACCGUAUGUACGUCUCUGGAACUUCUAACGAUCUCCGCGUUGCUCUCUCUGUUACUUCCUGCGAUUGAUUCUUCCUCAUUUUGAUUUACAUUAACCGUACGAUAUAUAACACAUUUGUUCUCUAAUAGAAAAUUAGCAAAUGAAAACAUUUCUAAGCGUAAUGUUUUUAAGACAAGAAAUAAAGUUAUCUCAUAGAUGUAUGUAUAUUAUUUCUGACAUAACAUUAAGCGAAAUGGGAGACCCUUUUUUUUCUUCUGCAUGUAUAUCGAUUUAAGUUGAUUUUCGUUGAUAAAUG